CAACCGACCUCUCAUGUCGUUCAGUAGCUGUGAGUCAGUCGUCUAACUCCACCUCCCGGGGGUGUUCGUAGAUCACAAAUCUAGCGCGCUCUAUAAGCGCAAAUGGAAUGGAAGGUGGAACAACAAGUAGGCGUCCUCUGUGCGACUGAGCGCCCGAUUUCCACCGUGCAAUUGCUGCCUUUUGGGAAACAAAGUAGACGAGAAGAGAGUGUUGGAGCAGAGGGCUGCAGCGGUGCUUCGCUCUGAUAGGAUUUCCUCGCAGCACAGAGGGCAGUUUCCGCCGUUUUCACAGUGUCUUUGUGGGGAACCACCACACCUGGUUUUAACUGUAUUCUGACUAAUUGACUUGCGGUCAAUUAUCGGGAGCGCAUACCUGUGGACCUCUUUAAUGUAGGACAACUUCUGAUGAAGCUGCCCUUUGUCACUUCUGGUAAACUUUGCUCUUCCUGGGAUCAAAACUGACGCUGAGCUGAUCCAAAGAGGUCAGACACUCUCUGACCCAGAUCCUCUGCAAGAGGACAUGGAGGUUCUGCGGAGGUCUUCUGUGUUUGCAGCAGAGGUCCUGGAUGUGUUUGACCGCUCACUGACUGAGAAGGACCUAGUGUCCCAGUCCAAAGCCCUUUGCAGAGACUACAUUCUGUUCAGACUCAACCAGAAUGGGCUGGGAUGGUCCAAAUCUGAGCUCAACCUCGUGCCCUCCAAUGCAGCACUCGCUGAAGUGUCUUCAGUUCUUCUGUGCCUCGGCGACGAGCUGGAGUGUUUACAGCCAUCUUUGUACAGGAACGUGGCACGGCAGCUCAGCAUCUCUGUUGCCAUGGAGAACAUGGUCUCCGAUGCGUUCAUUGGUGUGUCAACAGAAAUCUUUGCUACAGGUAUAACCUGGGGUAAAGUUGUGGCCAUGUAUGCUGUAGCUGCAGCCCUGGCCGUGGACUGUGUCAGACAAGACCGGGCGGCCAACGUCAACAUCAUAGUGCAGAGUCUGGGACAGUUUGUCCGCAAGUUCCUGGUUUCCUGGCUGAAGAGACGGGGAGGAUGGGGUGAUAUCACGAAAUGUGUGGUAAAGAAAGAUUUUCCCCCAGAACAGAACUGGUUAACCUCGGUCAUGGAGUCCCUGAAGUACUUUCUUACCACAGUGUACGUCUACAUCAUGAAAGAGCCAUGAACGACCCACGAGACACGGAUGUCAUCAUUUGGUGGCUUUGCUGAACAAUUCUAUUCAUUCAUCUGGAGACUUUAUGAUGGAGACGGAGACGGAUGGAUGUGUUACCAAAGUGCCAUUAGUAUCAUGGUCGUACACCUGGGGAUCAGAUAAGCCUGUUGUUGGUGAUUGCUCUUCAUCCAAAGAGUAGUCAUCCUGAGGUAAACAAGGUGAACAACCAUGUGUCUCACUCCAACACUUCUGCACCAGUGGCGUGAACCAGGUUUUUCUUGUCACGUGUGGAGAUGAACCAUAACAUUCAACAGACGUCACAUGUUCAUGUCAUGUUUGUGCCAGGCUAAACCCCUGAAAGAGGAGAGAGACUAUUUUUGUAAUUAUUAUUAAAUUAAUGAAUGCUCAGCUGGCUGGGUUAACGAGUCCAGUGUCCACAUCCAGGCAAUAAUCUCUGCACGUUUGCAGUGUCUCUCUUCUGCUCCGCGUAAACUUUGUGACUUUACUUAACUCUGCUGCAUUUUGAGAUUGAUCAUUUAAUGUUAGGUCACACUUUGACCAUCACUGACCAAAGAACGUAAAGACGGACAGAAUGAUACAUACUGAAAUCACACAUUUCAGUGUUUCAG